UCAAACAAACAAUUCCUUCUGUCUCAAGAUUUCCUUCUUUCUCUAUAAACCCUAAAAAUGUCGUUCUCGAAUUGUGCUAGGGCUCUUAGGCUCUCAAUAUUCAUGACUUUUUUGUUAGCCGCCAUGGCCGGUAACUUCUUCCAAGAUGUCGAUAUCAAUUUUGGUGGUCCACGCGCUCAAAUACUCGAUGGUGGCCAAGUUCUCACAUUGUCCCUUGAUAAUAGUUCGGGCUCGGGAUUUCAGUCCAAAAAUGAGUGUCUAUAUGGAAGAUUUGACGUGAAGCUCAAGCUUAUACCUAAUAAUUCAGCUGGCACUGUCACCACAUUUUACUUAUCAUCUCCAGCUGGUCCUGCCCAUGAUGAGAUAGAUUUCGAGUUCUUGGGAAAUGCUUCUGGUCAGCCCUAUACAGUCCACACUAAUAUUUAUGCCCAAGGGAAAGGUGAUAGGGAACAACAAUUUCGCCUUUGGUUCGACCCAACAUCAGCCUAUCAUACCUACACCAUUCUCUGGAACCCACUGCGAAUAAUUUUCUUGGUGGACAACAUCCCUAUUAGGGUUUUUAACAACUACGAGGCAAAUGGAGUUCCAUUCUUAAAGAAUCAAGCCAUGAGAGUAUAUGCAAGUUUAUGGAAUGCCGACGACUGGGCAACCCAAGGCGGACGAGUGAAGACAGACUGGACAGAGGCGCCAUUCACUGCCUCUUACAGGAACUACAAUGCCAACGGCUGUGUUGUCAGCGCAUCGGGAAAUUCUUGCAACGGAGUUUUGAACAAUCAGCCAUGGCAAACUCAGGGACUCGAUGCCAAUGGCAGAAACAGGAUUCGUUGGGUCCAAGAGAGUUACAUGAUCUACAAUUACUGUGCUGAUGGAAAAAGGUUUCCUCAGGGACGUCCCAAGGAAUGCAGACUUCCCAGGUUCUAGGAACAUGAAAUAUUGGACCUUGUCUCAUGGAUAUUUGAUCAUUUUCCAAGUUAAUUUCUUCAUUCUUUAAUUGCACAAACUAAAUAUUUGAGUCUUGGGAAUAAUUUAUACUUGUUUUUCUGAAGAAAAAGAAACAUUGUGCUGCAGAAAUUGUUUCUUUUUUGAAUUUUAUGUAUGGAAGGAUUUUACCUCUUAAUUGGGUGGUGAUGGAGUAAGACUUGUUUGUUAUGAUUUCUAUUUGCAGAAGGAACAGAAAGGAUACUCGUUUCUAAUAAUUUUCAAUA